AAUCUAAAUAAUGGCUGGCCUAAGUCGUUACUCAUCAUACAACUGUUUGACUGGAUGGGACAGCUACGAUCGAAUUCCAAGGGUCCGAGUGGAGUACUACGUCAACGAGAACACGUUCAAAGAAAGACUGCAACUAUACUUUAUAAAGAACCAACGCUCAAGUUUACGCAUUAGAAUAGUGAACUUAUUUUUCAAGAUAUUGGCAUGCCUCCUGUACAUAUUUCGCGUGUGCGCUGAUGGAGAUCCCAUUAAUGCUACUUGCUACGGGUGUAAGCCGGGUAACAAGAGUGUGUUCGAAUACUCGGCCAACCUGACAGAAGAGGAGUUCCAGGAACAUCCUAUCAUCAACUGGGAUGGUAUCGUGUGGGUUAAUCGCCCACUGUUCUUGUGGGUGCUGCAGGUGAUCCUCGCGAUGAUAUCACUCUCCGAGGCUAUUCUAUUAGCCUACCUCGGCUACAAGGGCAACAUUUGGCAACAAAUUCUAUCCUUCCAUUUCAUACUGGAGAUGGUGAACACGGUUCCAUUUGCCCUGACGAUAGCCUAUCCUCCUUUGCGAAAUCUUUUCAUACCAGUUUUUCUCAAUUGCUGGUUGGCAAAGCGGUCUCUUGAAAAUAUGUUUAAUGACUUGCACCGAGCCAUGCAGAAGUCACAAUCAGCCUUGUCCCAGCAACUAAUGAUUCUAUGCGUUACUCUUUUAUGUCUCGUCUUUACCAGUGUUUGUGGAAUCCAGCAUUUCCAACGUGCAGGACACCGGCAUCUUAACCUGUUCCAGGCGACGUACUUUGUAGUGGUCACCUUUUCAACAGUCGGUUAUGGUGAUUUUGUACCUGACAUCUGGCCCUCCCAGCUGUUCAUGGUCAUCAUGAUCGGUGUGGCUCUGGUUGUGCUGCCUACGCAGUUCGAACAACUUGCAUUUACCUGGAUGGAGCGGCAGAAGUUAGGCGGAUCUUACAGCUCUCAUCGUGCUCAGUCGGAGCGUCAUGUAGUCGUGUGCUCCACGACGCUGCACGCAGACACUAUCAUGGACUUCCUAAACGAGUUCUAUGCCCACCCUUUGCUGCAGGAUUACUAUGUUGUUCUGCUCUCACCUAUGGAACUUGAUACUACAAUGAGGAUGAUUCUACAGGUUCCGAUUUGGGCUCAGCGUGUUAUCUACAUCCAGGGUUCUUGCCUCAAGGACACUGAUUUGAUACGUGCUCGUAUGAACGAAGCCGAGGCUUGCUUCAUUCUAGCUGCGAGAAAUUAUGCUGAUAAAACUGCUGCAGAUGAGCAUACUAUUCUUAGAUCGUGGGCGGUAAAAGAUUUCGCUCCAGAUGUGGCUCAAUACGUCCAAAUAUUCCGACCAGAGAACAAGUUACAUGUAAAGUUCGCUGAAUUCGUUGUCUGCGAAGACGAAUUCAAAUACGCACUUUUGGCAAACAAUUGCACUUGCCCUGGUGCUUCCACUCUUGUGACGCUUCUUCUGCAUACCAGUCGCGGACAGGAAGGUCAGCAAUCGCCUGAGGAGUGGCAUCGGUUGUACGGCAAAUGUUCCGGAAAUGAAAUUUACCAUAUCGUUCUUGGAGACAGUCGUUUCUUCGGUGAAUAUGAAGGAAAAAGUUUUACUUACGCAAGUUUCCACUCACACCGCAAGUAUGGGGUGGCAUUGGUUGGAGUUCGCCCAGCAGAAUUACCGGAAUUCUAUGAAGAAACAAUACUUUUGAACCCGGGACCGAGACACAUAAUGAAAGCGAGCGACACGUGCUAUUACAUGAGCAUAACAAAAGAAGAGAAUUCCGCUUUUGUAGUUUCUGAUCAACAAACCGAGAGCAAACCGUUGAUAACAAAAGAUCAAACUGCAUGUAGCCUACUCUCUAGCGAAGGAAGAAGAAAGGGCGUAGACGGCGAGGAGGCCGCGGCCCAACCCAGAACAGCAGACGGUAGUAACAUGGCUCAAUCCGCCCUUCCACAAGUGGUUCUACAAGCUCCCGCGACCUCCCCACCAAAUGCAUCGCCAUCACGCAUCAAUACUGUAUCAUCCGCUAAUUUAACUGUUGCUAGCUAUAAAAUGGACGGAUCAGACCAUAGAGGGGGUCUUAAAGAUUCACCAGCCACAGAUAGCGCCACGGACAGUCAUUUGCUACUACCAAGAACAGAUAAUCAUUAUUUAAGUCCGGACACUCUUCAUCAUCGGCGAGGUAGUCGGCGACCAUCCAUCCUACCAGUACCAGACAUGGUAACCAGUAGCUUUAACAUCGCUGAAGACGAGCGGGAAGGGGAGAGAGAACUAGACAUGAGCGAGGAAGAGCUAGAGGAUAAUGUACCAUGGCGUACUCCUUCCGAGAAGAUUGCGAUUGUGAAGGGGUUCCCGCCCGUGUCGCCGUUCAUCGGGGUGAGCCCUACUCUCUGCUAUCUGUUGAAGGAGAAGAAGCCAUUAUGUUGCUUGCAGCUGGCACAAGUGUGUGAACACUGCGCCUAUCGCAACGCUAAGGAGUACCAGUGGCAAAACAAGACUAUCAUUCUAGCCGCAGACUACGCUUCAAAUGGCAUAUACAACUUCAUUAUUCCCCUUCGAGCUCACUUCAGAACCAAAACAUCUUUGAAUCCUAUCAUACUUCUCCUGGAACGAAGACCUGAUAUCGCUUUUCUCGAUGCUAUAUCUUACUUCCCUCUUGUCUACUGGAUGAUGGGAUCUAUAGACUCGCUGGAUGACCUACUGAGAGCUGGAAUAACACUUGCAGAAAACGUAGUGGUUGUAAACAAAGAAUUAUCCAACUCAGCAGAGGAAGACAGUUUGUCUGAUUGCAAUACCAUCGUCGCCGUACAGACCAUGUUCAAAUUUUUCCCAUCGAUAAGAUCAAUAACAGAAUUGUCGCAGUCAUCAAAUAUGCGUUUUAUGCAAUUCCGAGCUCAUGAUAAAUAUGCUCUGCAUCUUUCCAAGAUGGAAAAGAGAGAGAAAGAGCGAGGUUCUCAUAUCUCGUAUAUGUUCCGCCUCCCCUUUGCGGCGGGUUCCGUAUUUUCAGCAUCCAUGUUGGACACACUACUCUACCAGGCCUUCGUCAAAGAUUACGUCAUCACUUUCGUGCGGCUUCUGCUGGGGGUCGACCAGGCUCCCGGCUCCGGCUUCCUAACAUCUAUGAGAAUAGGAAAGGAAGACAUGUGGAUUCGCACGUACGGCCGACUAUACCAAAAGUUGUGCUCGACUUCUUGCGAAAUCCCUAUUGGGAUCUAUAGAACGCAGGAUACAAGCCUGGCCGACCCCUCACACCACGUGAGUAUGUCGCCACGCGGCUCGCCAAGUUGGUUGUGGUCACGACUGACGGGAAUGCGACCAUCGCGGCCAUCGCAGGGCGGGCAGAGCGAGGCGCGGUCUGGGGAUUCGAGGGGGGCGCGAGACACGAGUUCCAGCUCCCCAACGGGCUGCCUCACGGGCUGCUACGGCGACCGCACGCCGGUGUAUUCGGCGAGUCUAGCCGACGAGGCCAGAGACAACCACGCGCAACAGAUAGAACGGGCGGAGAUUGCAAAUCUGGUUCGCUCCCGCAUGGAGUCCCUCAACCUUAACGUCAUUGACUAUGAUGACGUGAGUGAGAAGAGGAACAGUCUCUCCUACGUUAUUAUUAACCCAAGCUGUGAUCUUAACCUGUGUGAGGGAGACGUCAUAUAUUUGGUUCGGCCAUCUCCAUUUGCAGCACAAAAAACAUUCGAAAGGCACAAUAGCAGACGCAAAUCGAACAUUAGUUUUUGUUCAAGUGUAUGCGCAGUGGCAGCAAGUGCUGGGAGCGGGCGACGUGGCUCUACACUUUCGGCUGCGCGGGCACCACCACUCUGUACCACAAAAGCAAAUUCAUUAUCAUUACCAGAUAGUCCAACUGUCCUCACAGAUUUUCGUGGUCGCUCUAACUCUCUACGCGUUGUGGAUGAUGCAAUGUUGUGCCGAUCAGCAUCGCUCCGUCAGGGGCUUGGCGUAGCAAGCCCUCGGAGGAGAAAGAGCAGUCUUGAGGAAAUUGGUAUUACGCAUUUUAAUUCUCUGCUACAACAUCAGCAGCAACAACAAGAGCAAGACGCUGAAGCGAUUAAAAUGGCUUUGCAAGGCAGUGCUGGACUGGAGGUGACACCACUGGAAGAUAGAUGGCCGGAGUUACGUCCAUCUUCGCCUGAACCCCAACACCUGCAGGGAACCAUCGUGUAAUUCGGUCCCACUUUGGGUCCUCUAAGCAAUUGUUAAUGAGUAUUUAUACAGUACUACAGCUCCAAAGAGUUUAGUCUCUGUCCCCUUCAAAGACGUAAUUGACCUAAAUGUUGCAAGGUUUGCACGAAAUCUUCAAUCUAUCUUUUGAAAUUCUUCAAAAUCCGAAUUGGUUAAGUAACGAUUGCAAAUUACAUGACAUGUAUAAGACUUGGGGCUGAUGUAUUGUGUAACUGGUUAGAGUAAACGGCUUAGCGUCGCGUUAGUAGCCUGAAGUAGCGCGAGCGGCAGUGUAUGUUAGUGGGAUCAACUAGGUAGUUAGUGAUAAGGGGAACACGUCGGCGUAAGUCUGUACAUAUUCGCUUCAUCCCCCACCCCCCUCACAGACCAGUUAACCCGUCACCACUCCCUCCAUAACCUUAUGGCCUUGUCUGUAAAUAUCUAAUGUAUUACGCAGCUGCUAUGUUAAGUUUAAUUUCUCAUAUAUUAUAUCAAGGCGUUUACAUAUUUGUUUCGACGAAAUAAAAAGUACUACUAUAAACAUUCACUAAGUUAUUAAGUUAUUGAAAUAUAGAACAAUUAUGUCGUAAGUUUACUGCGACGGUUAUCACGAUAUCGUUAAAGUUUAAAGAAUAUAUUCGUGUGUGUAGUGUCUGCACUUACUUUAAAAUUGCCAUUGAGUCUUGGCCGCUUCAAAUGGAAUUGUUAUUGAACGGGUUUGAUUAUUUACAAUUAUUUCAUUUACAACAAGUAUGUUUGCUAUUAUAUGGUAUAAAUGUGGUGAAAACAUUGAUAUAUCGAUAAUAUUUCUGCAGGGCUUCUCUGAAAUACCAUUAGCACUCUCCAACAAAUAUUUCAAUAAUUCAUCUAACAACGGUACCCGAUUUCUUGUUCUUGAAGAGGGUAAUGCAGCAGUCACCUUUAUCAAAAGUGUAUUUUUUCUUUCAUUAAUGAUUACCAGCUGUAUAUGCCUCGAUGCUAUUACAUAUGAUUGUAUUACCCCAUUAUUCUUCCGUUCUUACUAGUCAAAAAUAAUUCAUCAGAUCAAAUUUAAAAACAGAAUUACAAAUACUAAUGCGAUACUUGGUAGAAAUAAAUGUAUUAUUAGUGUAAUUUAUAAAUUUCCACCGAGCUUACAGACUUUCAUUUUCAAGCCAAAAUAUUGUAUAACAAAUAUAAAACACGAAUUUGACGUAAGCAAUACUGUCAAUAGAAAACGCUUUACGAAACAUUUAAGGUCUGUUUCACAAUGUACGGAUAAGUUCCAAUUACUUAUUGGUUGGAUAAACUAGUGUUUGUUGCGUUUCACGAUUUUCAGAUAGCGCUAUUCGUCAUGAAACGCGAAAUUUCUUAUUCGGAACUUUUAAUUUUAAAAUAACUUGUGUUGCAUAGCUAUUUGGUACUUUAUCCAUGCAUUGUGAAACCGACCUGAAACCUUAAUUAAGUAAAUCUUUAAAUAUGUAAUAUUACGUUUACGGCUUUAAAUGUUGGUAAUAGUAAUGAUUCCCUUAGUUCGGGUUUUGUUGUACAAAUGCGGAGAUAUAGGAACACAUGUCAGCGGAAUUAGCCAGCGCUGUUUAACCAUGGCCAUGACUUAUUGGCUUUAGCGAAAUUAUAAUUUAUAAUCAAUGUAAAAAAAGAGAUUUAUUAUGUAUUAUUAGUAUUUAGCGUAGAAUAUUUAAGAUUAUUAAUAUAUUUAUCCUUAUUCCACUAUGUUAAUAACUUGGCGGUGAUGCCUUUCAUUUAUUGCGAUUCUAAUAAA